AUGUCGUUAAUAACAUUACGCACUCCUGCAGAAAGUCAAGGUGAUUUAUGUGAAAUUGGAGAAACAAAUCUUGCGAAUGGAGAAUGUCCUGAAGCGAUAGAUUUUAAUUCUUUUAUUGAUACACUUUGUGAAUUACGUACAUCUGCAAAUCUGGUAAAAUUAUUUAAAUCCAAAAAGGUCCAAAUACGUAAUAACGUUGAAUCUGGCGAAUUAGAUAAUUUGGUUUUGAAACUAAAUGAUCAAGUUCAAAAGAUUUUAAUGCAAGCUGAGAAUGAAUUGAACUUUGUAUUUAUCGAUGGAUUUUUGUUAUACGUGAAUCCUGAUGUUAUCAAACAGUUAGAUAUCAAAAUAUUUUUAAAGUCGGAUUAUGAUUCGCUUAAGAAACGAAGGGAAACAGAAUAUGGCAAGAAAUUAUUAGGAAGGCGUUGGGUUGAUCCUCCGAAUUAUUUUGAUCAGAUGGUUUGGCCUAAUUACAUUAAAGCUAAUGAUCAUAUCAUCAAUAGAUCCGGGAGAGAAAAUGAUUUGUUGAAUGAUUUGAUAGUAUUAGAAUCAAAUAACUUUUCAUCAUUAUCAGAAAAUAUUGAAAAGGUUGUAAAAAUCAUUUUGGAGAAAUUAAGCAAAAAAGAUGAUAUCAGCUAA